AUGCACAACAUUAAUACUAAGGAGGAUUUCUACAAUCUGACUGUUGCAUCACUAUUGUCUGAUCACGAGAAUUCAUUCCAUCUCCAGAAAGCCAAUCGAACUGUUUACUACGACAAAUCUCGAGAACUGUGGUAUAUGGAAUGGCACGAGAGUCCUUUUGGACUACAAACUGACGUUCGGGUACCACUCACCUGGUGUUACGAUAUGAGCCAAGGACCAGGUGGUGCAAUAAAUCAAGCAUUCGAGAUCCUGCUUUCAACAGAGCAAUUAUUCGGGAAGCAAGGCAAAGUUGAAGGAAUAAUGCAGGUGAAAGGGACAAUAUUGCUGGGGCUUUUCGAUGUUUCCUUGACCGAGAGCAUAACAUACAAGGGUACUCACUCCUGUCAAGUCAAGGCAGGGAAGUAUGCGAGAUUGUACAUCAAGCCUCAGUACAUUCAUAUACCUGAGCGUAAGCGAGUAGCCAUCAGGUUUGACGAAAGCCAAGAGAUUGAAGAGAUUGGUGAAGUAGAAGUCAUAGCAGCUUUCAAAAGAUUGAUCCUCGAUCUCCCUGUGAUGGAGUGCGCGUUUGGGAAUGAGGACGAAAUAUGCGACAUGGGCAUACUUUAA